UUUUUGGUUGGUUUCAAAUAUGAUCUUUCAACAACUCAAUUUGUAGUCAAAAAGAUCGUUGUAGGUUCAAUCACCGGGUUCAAACUUCAAAUGCACAAUCUCAACCCCAAGUAACCGAGUCAAAACACGACACAAACAAUGGGGUCUUCGUUGCGGCAUUUCAUCAAACACCUGCUGUGCAACAAAACCCUCGCUCAUUCUCCCAUUUUCUCCAUAUCCAUAACACCUUUCUCAUCAUCCUCAUCAACACCAAAGCCCAAUGAACUCUACGCUUCCUUUUUCUGCACACUAAUACACCUUUAUCUCUCUCACAACCGCCUCAAUAAAGCCGCAGAAACCUUCAAAACCAUGCGAAAUUACAACAUUGCCCCUGUAAACCUACCCUCUUGGACCCAUCUUCUUCGAGAAUUCAACAACAAUGGGAUGGUUUCACAGGUAUUGUUUGUGUAUUCAGAGAUGAUUUCGUGUGGGGUUAAUCCGGAUGUAAAAAGUAAUAAUAUUGUUCUUCAUUCUUUGUGUAAAGUGGGUAGACUUGAAUUAGGGUUAGGGUUAUUACGAGAUGGUGAAUGUGAUGUUGUUAGUUAUAAUACUGUGAUUUGGGGGUUUUGUAAAUAUGGGUUCGUUGAACAGGGGUUAGGGUUGUGUUCUGAGAUGGUUAAAAAGGGGUUUGGUUUUGAUGAUUUUACUUGUAAUAUUUUGGUUAAGGGUUGUUUCGAUGCGGGUUUGUUGGGGUGGGUGGAAUGGGUUGUUGAUCAGUUUGGUUAUAGAGGAAGGGGUUAUGUAGAUGUAGUCGGUUUCAAUACUUUGAUUCACGGGUAUUUUAAAUCGGGCGAUGGUAUUGCAGCUAUCGAGAUGUUGAAUAGGAUGAGAAAGGAAGGAUCUUUCCCAGAUAUCGUUAGUUAUAAUAUUUUGAUUGAUAUGUUCGGCAAGAUGAAGGAUUUAGAUCAGGCAAAGAGUGUUUUUGAUGAGCUUACAGUGCCCGAAAGUGCUAAUGAUAAUAUUGGAAAAGAGCUAAUUUUGAAGCCGAAUGUUGUUACGUAUACUUCGCUAAUCGAUGGGUACUUUAAGCAGAAACGAGUUGAGGAAGCACUUAGUUUGUACGGUAAAAUGGUAAUGGACGGGUUAUCGCCUGAUGUUGUCGCGUACAGUUUGGUUAUAUACGGUCUUUGCAAGCGUGGGAGAAUCGACGAUGCGCAAGCACUUUUCAAGGAAAUGAAAAGGGUCGGUGUAGACCCUAAUUAUAUAACGUACUCCGUGUUGGUAGAUUUUUUCUUUAAAAACAAGAAUCCGGCAGUUGCCUCUGGACUCCAGGGUCAAAUGGUAGUGUGCGGGAUUCCGUUUGAUGUUGUUACGUUCACCAUUUUGAUGGAUGGGUUGUUUAAAAGCGGUAAAUCUAACGAAGCGGAGAUGACUUUUAACAAUCUUUUAACUUCUGGUAUUGAUCCAAACUGUAUCACUUAUUCUGCAUUGAUUGACGGAUGCUGCAAGUCAGAAGAUUUGGAUGGUGCUGAGUCAGCAUUACAAGAAAUGGAGCUUAAAAGUAUCUCUCCAAACGUCGUUACAUACACUUCUUUGAUCAACGGGUUUUUAAAACUCAAAAGGCUUGAUGCAGCUCUUGGUAUCUUGAACAAGAUGGUGGAUGAGAGAGUUAUGCCUAAUAUUUUUACUUACACUAGCCUAAUCGAUGGCUAUUUUAAAGCCGGAAAACAAGAAGUAGCUAUUAGCUUUUACGAAGAAAUGAAGGUGAAUGGGUUGGAGGAAAAUAACUUUGUACUCGAUGCUUUUAUCAAUUAUUAUAAACGAAAACGGAAAAUGGACGAAGCCGGCUCGUUUUUCGAAAAGAUGAUAUCCAAAGGACUGUUGCCUGACUCUGUUAAUUAUACGUCACUAAUGGAUGGUUAUUUUAAAUCCGGUGAGGAGUCAACCGCUCUUAUUUUGGCCGAAGAGAUGACUCAGAAAAAAGUGAAGUUCGAUGUUGUUGCGUAUAAUGUUCUAGCAAAUGGGUUAUUAGGGAUGGGGAAAUACGAAGUGCAAUCGGUUUAUUUAAGCAUAAAAGAACUUGGUUUGACACCGAAUCUCGAGACGUUUAACACGAUUAUAGCUGCUUGUUGCAGACAAGGUAAAAUGGAAAAUGCAUUAAACUUGUGGAAAGAGAUGAAGAGCGUUGGGUUAAAGCCUAAUGAGAUUACGAUCAAUGUUAUGAUCGGUGGACUCUGUGAAGCAGGGAACGUUGAUAAAGCUGUGGAUUUGUUGAAUGAAGUGACAAGUUUAGGUUUUUACCCGAACUCCAUUAAUCACAGAGUCAUUAUUAACGCGGCUUCGAAAAGUAAAAACGGGGAUCACAUUUUAUUAAUGCAUGAACGUCUUUUAGCUAUGGGUCUUAAACCUAGCCAAAUGGUCUAUAACGCCCUUAUAACGGCGUUAUGUAGACUCGGCAUGACUAGAAAAGCCACAUCAGCAUUACAAGAUAUGAGAAAUAACGGUUUUUCUCCCGACGUUAUAACUUAUAAUAUCUUAAUUAACGGAUAUUGCAAAAGUUCGCAUUUAAAUAAAGCGCUACAAACGUUUUCACAUAUGUUGGCUCAAGGAGUUUCUCCUACUCUAUCAACUUACCAUACCCUUUUCAGGGGUCUUUCAAAGGGUGGUUUAAUGCACGAUGUUUUAAAAUUACUUAACGACAUGCUGGAAAGAGGGUUUGAAAUCGAUUCCGAUGUGUAUAACAUUUUGGUUUGUGGGCAUGCAAGAACGGGAAAUAAGAAGGAAGCUAUUAGAGUUUAUUGUGAAAUGAUAUCGAACGGUUUUGUUCCUCAAACGAGUACUUAUAACGUGCUUAUUAGUGAGUUUGCGAAAGUAGGAAUGAUGAGUCAGGCAAGAGAACUUAUGAAUGAGAUGCAAGUAAGAGGGGUUUCUCCUAAUUCUUCGACUUAUGACAUAGUUAUAAGCGGGUGGUGCAAGUUAUCGAUGCGAGCUGAGCUGGAGAGGGCGUUGAGAACAUCGUAUGAAUCAAAAGGAAUGGUUUUGUAUAAUGAGAUGAAUGAAAAAGGUUUUAAACCGUGUGAAACAACUGUUAAAUAUGUCACGUUGGUCCUUAAGCGACGAAGAAAGAGGAAAAAGAGUUGACAGUUGUAAGAAGCAGAUGUGAAGAGCGAGUAAUAUUUACGUUGACUAGAAGUUUUCCAUGCUGAAGGAAAACAUGGUACGGGACGUGGGGACGUUAUGCUGCAGAUGAAAUCGUGGGACCCAAGCUUGGAACAUUAAAACAUCAGGUUAGUUUCCGUGUAUUACAUUACCCGACCAGCGGACAGGAAUGAUGAUAAUAUAACAGGACCGGGCUGGUCACACACAUGUUGACUGACGAGCAAUGCACGUUUUAGAGUUCACCUGGUCGCUCGUGCGGAUGCAUUUUACAGGCAGCUCACUCUUAUGACAGGUCUUCUCAAGUUCAAGUUGAUAUAUUAAUCAGGUCGUAAAGUUGUUAUCCGAAUCAAGCAGGCAGAAAGGUGUGAAAGUGUUGAUGGUGUUGUAAAUGUUUUAUUUAAAUAACUAAUAAAAUAGGAGUUGAGUAUCAAAAUUUAAACAUGCAUAGGCUAUUUCUCUUAUCCAGCCUUGCAAACCUAUAAUUUUGCCCUUUGUACACAGAGAAGUUGAGGCACUGACGUAGAAAUGAUCAUAUAGAGAUUGAGGUUCUUAUC